AAAGCGAGAAGUACAUAGGUAGAUUCCGUUUCCCAUGACACCUGCACUCCGCUUGUAGUCGCAUAUCUCCCAACCCACCAGGCUCCAUACACACCUCAGCACUGGCCUACAUACCUACAUCGCAACUGACUGCGGAAACGAAUCGGAAUCAGAUCCAGAACCAUACCAGGUUAUUAUCUAACAACACGCAUCAUACGAUCAGAUCAGAGAAACCCGUCAGUAUGACGGAUACACCUACUCUGCCUCCUCCCCUCGAUCCAAGGGAACAACCCGUCCUGGAUAACCUUCGCCAGUUACGAGACCAAUUGAAUCUGCUCAAGCAGGAUCGUACAACCUAUGUCAAGUCUUCCGAUGUUAUGCCACUGUAUGAAAAAGUUGUUGCACAAGUAAAGGUGCUCAAUGAACUGCGAGCCGAUAAGCCAGAUGAAGACAAUCAAGGUUCGACCAGAAUCGCUCGCGCAUGCGAUAUUUUACUAACGAUCUUACAACCAGUGGACCGAGUUCUAGAUGGAUGCUUUCAGCUGUUAUCACUCUUCUUUAUGACGAUCGGCAAAAAUAAUGAAGCUCCUGCGGCAUACGCUUUAACAUCUACCAUAAAGCGACUAUUGGAUCAUCUUACGGAAGUCAACCUUUAUACGGAAAAGGACACAGCCCAUUGUUCUACUGUUCUCGAGAAACUUCGCGAAAUAGUCAAAACAGAUUCAACUCACGAGCCAAACUUUCUCAAACUCCUCUCAAAUAGAAUCGAAGUAUGCCAGUUAGCUUUAACAAAUCUGCAGAACCGGGCUCCUCGGCUUGGUGGAGAUCUGCCAGCUAUACAUGAAAAGUUGAUAUCAAUUAUGCGGUCUAUGUCUUCUGCAAAUACCAAAACCAAGGUAGGCAUUUUCAGCACGGCUAGUGUUAUGACUAAUACUUGCGUUCGAUAGUUUUCCACUACCGAAGUUGAGAAAUUGCAAGCCCAGAUGAAGGAGCUCGAUGCACAAAGGGUAGACGGAAAGUUUGUUACAGAAAGUGGCGAAGUACCUGAGGGGAAUGAAGGAGUCUGCGCUCUCCUGGAAAAGGCUCUUAAGUGGUCUGAAAUUGUGUUGGAAUGGUACGUGUUUGCAUCGGGAGGACCUCCUCAUACAUUACUGAUUUCAACAGGAAAGGAGUUUUUCCCGAAGCUUUCCGAUCAACCUACGAAACACUGAUCGAGAUUCGAAACAAAUUAGAAAAAUUGUCUCUCACACAAGCCUGGUCACUGCGAGAGACAGAUUUAUACGAUUUUCAGAGGCAGUUGGAUAGAAUUGACGAGAGUCGAAUAAAUGGUAAUUUCCAAGAUGCCAAUGGAAAUUUCGCGGAGCUUUAUGUUCAGAGGGUUUGUUUUGGUCUUUGAAAUAAUUUGGGAAUACGCUAACAUACAAAAGACGCUUCUCUAUCUCAUUCGACGAAGUUAUGCUUAUAUAUAUCUCUUGAUGGUGUCUUCAGAACCUGUUUCGGAAGCACUUUUACCAGUCUACAACCAACUCCAGACGCUAAGACGAUGUCUUCUCGAGGUCAAGAACUCUGGAGGUGUUAGCUCGCCGAGGGAGUUGUAUCCUUAUAGCAUGAAGGUAGGUCGAUAUUUAGGAGUCCGAGUGGUUCAUGUACUUACUGUCUCGCCUAGCUCAAUUCUAUCGACAACAUGCGUGUGGAUGGGAAAUUUAUGGUUGGUAAAGAAAUCCCGGAGGGACAAGGGAGUGUAAUUGAACUGUUAUCCGAAUGUUUCGAGCUCAAUUAUGAGCUCCGGAUUGCAGCAGAAACGGAAACAGAAGAGUGAUUUGAGAGGGUUAUUAUGGCGUUUGGCAAUUACAUUGGCAGGCGUUAGUGGUAUUUCGACUUUGGGAAUUUCGGAUGGUUCCAAGGCUGUACAAUACCAAUGUGAAUAGGGGAACAGGGUGAUAGGAUAGUCACUGAUAAAUUGAAGAACUAAUUUGUUCUUAGGACAGGAGACCUCGAUCGGGAGGGUGAUCCGAUCAGAUAUCCAGUAUGAAGUCUUUAGCACUUUGGUAGACAACGGAAGCAAUUCAGAAUGUGGACGUUCUAUGGAAUAUAAUGCAAUGUUUGUACAUAAGCAGCUUGCUACCUAAGCUUUUUUAUUUGACAAACUGGGAUGACUUUGACAAGGGUUGACUCUUUUUCCCGCAAAGGGAAGAAUUACUUCAUUUACUGGGCUGUUAUCCCCUCAGCUGCGGCCAG